CAGUUUGUAGGCCUAGUUUAUAAAUAGUUAUUUAACACUAAGUACAGUAUUCGUUUACACAUUAUACCCCGUGGCUUGCAGCUAUGCAUUCCAAAAUGUUCACAACCAUUACUUUUUCCUGCAUCAUUGCGUUAGUUUACGGUCAAUCUCCACACGUAAUUACAACGUUGGGAGAAGUUGAAGGAAAGACGAUUCUUUUUUCUGAAGAUUCAUACAUAGGUGUCAAUAAGUAUAUCGAUGUAUACAAGGGUAUUCCAUACGCCGAGCCCCCAGUCGGUAGUCUGCGCUUUGAGAAGCCGCGCCCAAAAGAACAUUGGAUAGGUACCUUGAACGCGACAGAAUAUAGUCCACCGUGCAUCCAGCCUGUAGAUGCAAAUCCGUAUACAGUUGUGGGUAAAGAAGAUUGCUUGAACUUAAACAUCUUUGUUCCCCAAUCUAAGCCACAUAACGCAUCUGUCAUGUUAUUCAUUCACGGAGGAGGCUUCCUGACAGGCACUGCCUCAACAGACGAUUACUCUGGGGUGGUAUUAGCUGCCACCGGCGACGUAAUUGUGGUAACCAUCAAUUACAGGCUCAACUUUUAUGGUUUUCUUACAACAGGAGAUGAUGACUAUCCCGGCAACGCAGGACUGUUCGAUCAGCUUGAGGCUUUGAAAUGGGUAAACAAAAAUAUUGGAGGUAAACUGUGCUUAUUGAUGAAUGAAAACAAAAGCAAUAAAAAAUAUACUUCCAAAUAUCUGCUAACCAUAUACAUUUAUGAUAAUUCAAGAAGAAAUAUUUCAAAAUUAACAUACAUGAAUUCAAUGGAUUAUACAUUUCAGAGUGGAACUUCUCUAUGUGAAUGGGCCUAUACGGAACGGGAAAAGGCCAAAGAUUUAGCAAUCACCAUUGGUAAGAAAGUAGGCUGUGAAUUUACGGAUAGUAAAUCAUUUGUAGAAUGCAUGAAAGGUGUCGAUCCUGAAACUGUUGCAAAUGCGUCUGUUGGGAUAAACGUUUAUCCGGGGCCAGUAGUAGACGGAAUAUUUAUUGAAAGCAGUCCAGAGAUUCUGAUACGUAAUGGAGAGUUUAAAGCUGAUACAAAAAUCAUCAUUGGAACAAACAAAGAUGAUGGAACACUUUUAUACUUAUACCUACCAGACUACCUAACUCCAGAUACUCCCAAAGUUUCCAAAUCCGAGUUCCUUAAUCUAAUUCCAACAGCAUUUGUUCCAAUUGAGGAAGCAUCAAAUCCCCAUAUUUUGGACUCUAUAUAUUUCGAAUACACCGACUGGUCUCACGCAGACGACCCUGAAGCUAACUAUUUUGAUUCAGGUGUUCAAUUGGCCACAGAUUUUCAGUUUCUCUGCCCAAGUGACGCAGUACAGCGUGCGCAUGUCCCAGUUGGUAACAAAGUGUAUGUUUAUCUGAUGUCUUAUACUCCAAAAGUUCCGAUAUUUGGUUUCGAUUUUGACUGGCUUGGAGCUGGCCAUGCCGAAGAACUCCAAUUUGUGUUUGGAUUGCCUUUUCUUAAUGGAACACAUAUCUACUCUUUAGAACAGCCGUCUGAUACUGACCGAAAUUUGUCGGUGGAAUUUAUGAGAUACUGGACCAACUUUGCAAAAACAGGAGAUCCAAAUACCAGAGGGAGUGAGGUGUCAACCCCUUCCUUUGAUGAGGAUCUUGCCGUCUGGCCAGAGUUUUCAAUCCCUGAACUUAACUACCUCGAUAUUAAUCCGACGUCGUCACCUGAACGAGCUUAUCGAGCCGACAAGUGUGCCUUCUGGAGCACGUAUGAACCAAAACUCGAACAAUAUGCAGGUAUAUGCUAUAUGAAAUAGGUCUAUGUUAGCCAAACA